UGAAGGCACGCCGGAGGAGGACAUCAGCAGUUCUUCUGUGAAGACGCUUUCAAAUUAAGGACAUUUUCUCAUCUCUGGACCACUUGUGAACUUGCCGUUGCAACUUUCCUCUCAAGAGUCAGCUCGAGGGAACGGUCUGAACAUGGAGGUCAGAACGCAGGAAGUGGAUGUCCCCCUUGACGACCAUGACGCGGUCCACUGAGAGCAUGGAGCCCGAGAGAGCGCACAGCCCGAGCAACUUCUUCAACAAGGCGGACGUGCCCGACCACGCGCAUUACGUGGUGGCCGCCUUCAUCUUGGUGAUCGGCACGCUGGGCGUCACUGGCAAUGCGCUGGUCAUGUUUGCGUUCUAUAGCAACAAAAAGCUUCGCAGCCUGCCCAACUAUUUCAUCAUGAACCUGGCAGUAAGCGACUUCCUCAUGGCCUUCACGCAGUCACCAAUCUUCUUCAUCAACUGCCUCUACAAAGAAUGGGUGUUUGGAGAGAUGGGUUGUAAAAUGUAUGCUUUCUGCGGUGCCUUGUUUGGCAUCGCCUCCAUGAUAAACCUGCUGGCCAUCUCCAUCGACCGUUACAUGGUGAUCACCAAACCAUUGCAGACCAUCCACUGGAGCUCCAAGAAAAGAACCACGCUGGCCAUCAUCUCUGUCUGGCUCUAUGCACUGGCCUGGAGUCUGGCUCCUCUUGUUGGAUGGAGCUCUUACAUCCCCGAGGGCCUGAUGACAUCAUGCACUUGGGAUUACGUCACAUACACAGCGGCCAACCGGAGCUACACCAUGAUGCUCUGCUGCUUUGUCUUCUUCAUCCCGCUUCUUAUCAUCUUCUACUGCUACCUAUUGAUUUUUCUGGCUGUCAGGAAGACCAGCAGGGAGGUAGAGAGACUUGGCACCCAGGUGAGGAAAUCCACAUUAAUCCAUCAGAAAUCCAUCAGAAGUGAAUGGAAACUGGCCAAGAUCGCCUUUGUGGUCAUUGUGGUUUAUGUCCUCUCCUGGUCACCGUACGCCUGCGUCACACUCAUUUCAUGGGCCGGCCAUGCCAACAUCUUGUCGCCAUACUCCAAGUCUGUUCCAGCUAUCAUAGCAAAAGCCUCCACGAUCUACAAUCCUUUCAUCUAUGCCAUCAUUCAUAAUAAAUACAGGAUGACUCUGGCAGAGAAGUUUCCCUGCUUGUGGUUUCUGUCUCCCACCCCUCGAAAGGAGUGUAUCUCCUCCUCAUCCAUCAGCGAAUGCUCCUUCAGGGACUCCACCAUCAGUCGCCAGUCCACCGCGUCCAGGACUCACUUCAUCAGAGCGUCCUCCAAACCGACUGACAUGGUCCCAAGGGAUGUGGAGAUGGAGUCUUUCGGAAGGAAGUCGGGAGAUUCCUUUCGGAGUCUGUCAUCCUACCAUCAGUCCAGCAGACGCAGCUCCUGCAGGAGGCCACUGGAGCACAAGACCACCCAUAAAGUGGAGAAGCAUCCAUGUACCAUGACUGAGUCAUCAGGCAACUGUGACCAUGAACUGGUUUCUAGCACGCUCACCAGCGCCACUCUCCCCCUACUAGUUCUUACCAGGAGGCGUAGUCGCAGUCUGACCCACAAAGACUCAAAGAGGGACAAAACCAUUCCCGACAGGCCGCAAGGCUGCAAGAGCAACUCGGCUGACUCCCUGUGCAUCGGACGAGCCUCGACGGCCGAGCCGCAGGCAUCGCAGCAGCAGGGUGUCCCUCGAAUUGUUGUCAUCAGCCCCACGUCCGAGAGCAGACUGGUCCAGCAGGACAGCCUCUGUUUGGAGGAGGCGAUGGCAAACAACGUUUUGGUUAGUCUGAACUUCUCGUCUGAGGUGUUGGAAGCGGUGGAGUUGCUAUCCUGACUUGUUUGAAGACGUUUUGGCUCUUCCCCAUCCUCCUUGUUGCGUCGCUGCAGUUUUUUUAAAGGCUUCAUCUUUCACAUUGUCAAUGUACAGUAUUUCAAUCGUUCAGUGAUUUGUGGUACUCUAAUGAGUUUGGCAAAAAGCAUACAGUCCUCUGAGCCCCAAACCCUAAACCUUGGACAGUUUACCAGUAAACUGUUGAAUGUUGGUCAUUUGGCAGAAAUCAAAUUCCACACUAAGUCAGCUGUGUGAAACCCUGAACAACACCGGAAGAAAAAAAAGGCAAUCAAGGGUACAGGUAAUGAUAAACUGGCCUUAAUGCUCCUGCACUAGGUGCAAAUAUACAAAGUUUGAGGGAAUUUGGAGUCUAACCUUAGAUUUAGAGUUCGAAGAUACGGUGAGAGUUAAGGUAGCUCAGAGCAAACGGGUCGAGCAGUCCACGAGCCAGCCUGCCUCUGCUUUGAGGAGGAGAUGGCGAACAAUGUAAAUUGGUCUGAACUCCUCAUAAGAGAAUGUGAAGGUACUGGAGGCACUAUCCUGACCUGUCAGAGGAAUUUAUUUCCACCCCCUCCGCAACUGGAUCAUCUGUUGCUGCUACGAACUACCCUUUUGUAAAGGUUUGAUCUGUCAAGUUGUCGUUGGAGUCUAAUCCAUCAAUUUGCUGGACUAAACCGACUUUGGGCAACUGGCAGACCAUGCAAAGCCCUAAAACAAGGUAUGAUUGCUUGUCAACAGUCUGGGUCACCGAACGGAAAAUGCUCCCAUGUCAACUGCUAUGUGAAGCACUACACAACACAUGAGGUUAAUAGUCAAUCAAAGGUACAUGCAGCAAUGGAGUGGCCCUGGUGCUGCAGGACUGGAUACAAAUGUACCUAGCUUGAAGGAAAUUGCAGCCUUGGGUUGAGAGUUCGACCUUGGCGUUUGAGUUAAGGUUAGGUUUAGCGUAGGGGUUAGUGCAAGAUGUGAACCGCCCCUUGAAAUUCUCAGGUAAUCAGAUCACUGUGCAGAAAUCACUCCCGCACAAAAAUGUGAAGGAAUACAACACACAUGAACAAAAACUGCAAUAAAAUUUACAGGCAUAGAUUAAUGGGGCCUCAUACUCCAAAACUAAUUGUGAAUGGACAAUGUUUGAAGGAUAUUUGAGACAAGAAGUAGGGUUCGGGGUGAAGGGUUAAUUUUAGAGUUAGGGGUCUGAGAGCAGACCGGCUCAUCGGGACAGUCUCUGCUUGAAGGAGGUAAAUGGCAUUUUGGUUAGUCUGGACUUUUCUCCAGAGGGCUUAUAUGCAGCAGACUCUCUAUCCUGAUCAAAAGGAGGACUUUAUCAGCUUUUCUCCACACCUUGCAAAACUAGACUCUCUGUUUAUUUGCUGCCAUAUUUUUUUUUUAAAGGUUUCGUCUUUUCACUUUUCUCUGGAGUCCAAUUAUUCAUCAAUUUUCUGUAUCUCAUUGAUUUUGGCCAAACAGCAGACUGCCCCCUAACAAACAACUUAUUUCCAGUCAACAGGUUUGGUCGAGUCGCUAAUCCCACGCAAAGUGCUGUAUGAAACACUACACAAAAAAAGCUAGUCUAGCAAAAGGCAAAGAACGCACCCUUACUCCUGGACUGCAUGUGAAUUUACAGAGUUUGAAGGAUAUUGGAAUUCUAAUUUUAGGAUUAGAAUCAGUUUAAUCUUUGUGGGUGAGGAGUUAAGGUUAAGGUUAGGAUUGGAGUUUGAGUUUGAGUUAGUGUUGGGUUUGGGAAUGUACUGUAUAGUUAUAUGAAUGUAUAACCUAUUCAAUUCUCAUCAUUGUCACUGAGUGGCACUGUGAUAAAUUAGAUAAGGUGGCAUUUGGCAUUACAAGUUCUCCACCACGCAAAAACUUUGGUCAGGAGCUGGCUGACCAUGUAGAAUUAUUUAUAUGUUUUGGGGGGGUAAUCAUGGAACUUCACUGACAUACUUGAAAGCCUCACUCAUUCGCAGGACUCAAUUCAAGUAGGACAAAAUCUGUUUCAAUCUGUGAUUCACAGCAUGGGUUCUUGAGACUUUUUUGGUUUGUUUGUUUGUUUUUUGCCUGACCUGUCACCAUAGACGUGACUGUUGACUUUCAUGAAACAAAAAAAAAAUGUAAUUGUCUUGUCAGCACUCCUUUUCAUGUACCUUUUGGGAGAGACAAUCAUAAAGAGACUAUUGUUGAUACAAAUCAACUGUGGGUAUAGUUAUUUAAUUUAUGUUGCCUGCUUAUGUUGAGCCCAUUGUAUGGAUGUAGUGUAUAAAUUACUAUGAUCGUCGGUGCACAGGCAG